ACAGCGAUGGAGCUUUUUCCUCUUCUGUGUCUCUGCCUCCUGACUCGCUCUGGAAUCACGUCUGCUCAACAAAAUGGAGCAGCUCCAGAGCCAUCUGUCAAGAUACUUAAUAAUCCAACAAACAACUCAGCGCUGCUGCAGUGUGAGGUUCAAGAUGCUUCUCCAGACCUUAAAGUAGAGCUGCAGGACAGUGCUGGAAACACACUUCCUGCUGAGGGGCCCCAGGUCUCAGAAAGAGGAGACAGAUACUACAUCACCCUCCAAACUACUGUGUUCAAGACCGACAACUUCAGCUGUGUCGUCACACAGGAGGGAACCAACCAACAGAUUUAUGCUCAGACCUUUGUGCAUAUCAGUGGGGCAGCUUCAGUGGCAGACUCCUCCAACGAAGACUCAGAAGGACAAAUGAGUCUACGAAAGGGUCUAAGUGGGAGUUCUUUUGGAAGGCCAGGUGACGGAGCAGUGCCAACCUCAGUUUCAGAGUCUCCCAAUGGAUGGCUUGUUGCUGCAAUUCUUCUCCCAGUUUUUCUUGUUCUUCUUCUAGCUGUGCUUGUAUACAAGUGUUGCACCCUAAAAUGUACAAAAAGAGCACUAGGAGUGCAAGUCCCAACUAGUGAUGUACCUGCCUGAUGACCUGAGAGGCCUGAUGAUCGAUGACCAAUGACAACAUGUAUAGUCUCUUCCACUUUAUUAAAUAAUUGCGACAUUUAAACAGAUUUUCAUGUAUUACUGUAUGACAGAUCAAUGAUGCUCCUGUCCACU